GAGAUGAACCAAUAUCCAAAUUAACACGCAAGCUGUAUUGAAGGUGCCACAUACGAACAGAAACCCACAUGGAAUACCACUUCUCUUAUCGUGCAAAGCCAACUAAAGUGACUUGCCAUCAAAAUCCCAGACCAAUCCAUCACCCCUUCCCUACUUGUGCCUCCCUCCCCUCUUCUUCUCACCCCCUCUUUCUUCCUGCUCUUAUUUCUAUAUAUAUUAUAGUAUUUCACUCAUGAUACCUUCAUGCAAGCUAGGCAGCUUAAACAAAGAGGAGAUUUGCUAAUCAUGGAGUUAGCAGCGGCCACCGGAGGAGCUGAAGACACCAAGGGGUGCAGCCGAGGUCAUUGGAGGCCUAGUGAGGAUGAGAAGCUACGACAGCUUGUCGAGGAGUAUGGACCUCAGAAUUGGAACUUGAUCGCUGAGAAGCUUCGAGGAAGAUCAGGAAAGAGCUGUAGAUUGAGAUGGUUUAACCAACUUGAUCCUAGGAUCAACAGAAGACCAUUCACAGAAGAAGAGGAAGAGAGGCUCCUCGCAGCCCACCGGGUUCAUGGCAACAAGUGGGCUUUCAUAGCACGGCUCUUCCCUGGUAGGACUGAUAAUGCUGUGAAGAACCAUUGGCAUGUGAUCAUGGCUCGCAGACAAAGAGAGAGGUCCAGGAUCUUUUCCAAAAGAUACUGUCGGAAUCCCCUUCUUGAUGCUUGCUCCAACACCAACACCGCACAUCAAGGAGAGAGUGACUCGAGGCCUCCGACAAAAGAUAGGAUCUUCAAGUUAUCACCUUUGAGUUCAUCCCCUUCAAUGGCCUUCUCUGGAUCAACCAAAUCAUCAUCACUACGUGACAAUUCUGGUGCAAAGAGAAUGGAUUACUAUAAUCGCUUCAAUGUUCUUGAGAGCUUUCAUUCGACCAACCGGUGUCUUUUCUCUUACCACUGCACCAAUCAGAAUUUCAGUGCACCAGGACAGGCUAACAAGAAACCAUUUGUGGGAUUCACCUCUGUGAAUGAUGGUUGUGUUGGCAAGGAUUCAGACGAGUCUGAAAUAAUUAGAGUCGGCGAUAAUAUGAUUCAGUUUGUGAAUAUUAGAGCGGAUGAUGAGCAAGAACAGGAAGACGAGCCAAUGAGACACAAGGAUGUUCCCUUCAUAGACUUCUUAGGUGUGGGUAUUGCCUCAUGAAUUCCAAAAAUUCUAGUGUAUUUAAGAGGAACCACCAAGGUGGUAGCUGUCCUGGGUGGCUGGCAUGAGGGAAUGAUGCAAUAUACUUAUGCCAUAGUGUAAUUUGUUGAUUCGGUGUAACUAUGCUGCUUAUUUAAUGCAAGGAUAGCCUUGUUCGGUUUGUUUUUUA